CGCGUGUCCACGGGCACCCGCCUGCUCUACACGCUGCUGCACGUCCUGUCCUCCGCCGCCUGCUGCCUCGCGCUCUCCCGCACCGUGGCCCAGGCCCUCCGCGACAAGCUGGCCGCCGGCAUCGACUGCGAGCGCCUGGCGGGCUCCUCGGCCGUGUACCGGCUCUGCUUCGGCACCGCCUGCUUCCACCUGGCGCAGGCCGCCCUGCUGCUCAACGUGCGCUCCAGCACAGACUGCCGCGCGCAGCUGCACAACGGGUUCUGGCUCCUGAAGGUGCUGGUGCUGGCAGGGCUCUGUGCUGCCAGCUUCUUCAUCCCCGAGGAUAACUUCAUCCCAGCCUGGCACUACGUGGGCGUCUGCGGGGGCUUUGCCUUCAUCCUGGUGCAGCUGGUGCUCAUCACCGCCUUCGCGCACACCUGGAACAAGAACUGGCUCACGGGCGCCGCGCAGGACAAGCGCUGGUACCUGGCGGUGCUGCUGGCCACCGCUGCCUUCUACACGCUCGCCUCGGCCGCCUUCUCCUUCCUCUACAACCUCUGCGGCGUCAUGUCCUUCGUGUCCAUCACACCCUGUGUGCGGCUCAUGCUCUACCAGGGCCAGAACCUCACCGUGUGCUUCCCCGGCGUGCGGCAGGACGAGCUGCAGAAGGAGGACACGACGGUCGCCGUGCUGGGGGCUGCCAUCAUGUACGCCUGCGUGCUCUUCGCAUGCAACGAAGCCUCCUACCUGGCCGAGGUGUUCGGGCCCUUCUGGAUGGUCAAAGUCUACAGCUUUGAGUUCAAAGAGCCCUCCUGCUGCUUCUGCUGCCCCGAGAAGAUGGAGGAGGCGCUGCGAGGGACGGAGCCAGCGGGCGAGCAGGCAGAGGAGCCCAGCGGGGCGCCCUGCGUCGUCCAGGACGAGCAGGACCGCGUGGUCUACAGCUACUCGGCCUUCCACUUUGUCUUCUUCCUCGCCUCGCUCUACGUCAUGAUGACCCUCACCAACUGGUUCAG